AUGGGUUGUGGUAUGAGUACUGAGGAUAAGGAGGGGAAGGCGCGUAACGAGGAGAUCGAAAACCAGUUGAAGCGCGACAAGAUGAUGCAACGGAAUGAGAUCAAGAUGCUGCUCCUUGGUGCCGGAGAGUCGGGCAAGUCUACCAUUCUGAAGCAGAUGAAGCUCAUCCACGAGGGUGGCUACUCCCGCGACGAACGCGAAUCCUUCAAAGAAAUUAUCUACAGCAACACCGUUCAGUCGAUGCGGGUCAUCCUUGAGGCCAUGGAGUCUCUCGAGCUGCCCCUGGAGGAUGCGCGGAACGAAUAUCACGUCCAGACCAUCUUCAUGCAGCCCGCUCAGAUCGAGGGUGACAGCAUCCCUCCCGAGGUUGGCAAUGCCAUCGGCGCCUUGUGGCGUGACACCGGUGUUCAGGAGUGCUUCAAGCGCUCGCGUGAGUACCAGUUGAACGACUCUGCUAAAUACUACUUCGACGCCGUUGAUCGCAUCGCCCAACCCGACUAUCUCCCUACCGACCAGGAUGUCCUCCGUUCCCGUGUUAAGACCACCGGUAUCACCGAGACCACCUUCAUCAUUGGUGAUCUGACCUACCGCAUGUUCGACGUCGGUGGCCAGCGAUCAGAGCGAAAGAAGUGGAUCCACUGCUUCGAGAACGUCACCACCAUCCUUUUCCUGGUCGCCAUCUCCGAGUAUGACCAGCUGCUGUUCGAGGACGAGACCGUCAACCGUAUGCAAGAAGCCCUGACCCUGUUCGACUCUAUCUGCAACUCCCGCUGGUUCGUCAAGACCUCCAUCAUUCUCUUCCUCAACAAGAUCGAUCGAUUCAAGGAGAAGCUGCCCGUCAGCCCGAUGAAGAACUACUUCCCCGACUACGAGGGCGGUGCCGACUACUCUGCUGCAUGCGACUACAUCCUCAACCGAUUCGUCUCUUUGAACCAGGCCGAGCAGAAACAGAUCUACACUCACUUCACCUGCGCCACCGACACCACCCAGAUUCGCUUCGUCAUGGCCGCUGUCAACGAUAUCAUCAUCCAAGAGAACCUCCGACUCUGCGGUUUGAUCUAA